AUGGCGGCACACGGCGCCAAUGGCGAGGCCUCAGUCGGCUCUAGCGAGCCCCGACAAAAGGGAAAGGCCACCCCCGAAACCAUCAGAGCAGGAUGCAUUGCCAUGGUCAAAAAAGAAGGUAUUCCUCGUCGAGCCGAGAUUCUUAGCAUCAAAGAAACGAAGAGCGGUCGCCAGUUCUACUGCAACUUUGACAAUUUCAACAAGCGUCUCGACGAAUGGGUGCCGACGAUCCGAAUCGAUUUCGACCAAGAUGUCGAGUGGCCAUUACCCGACAAGGACAAACCGAAAGAUCCUAAGACGAAGAAAGGUGUUGCCACGUCAAAAAAUAAGGUCUCCAAGAAGUCUCAGAAGCGACCUUCGAAGAGGGAACAGUCUGCGCCUUCAGAGGCCGCAACGCCACACCCAUGGACCGAGUUCGUCGAGUCGCAGAGCCGUAAGAUGACGCCAACGGCCGAGGAGAGCCAGAGCCAGACCCCGGCCACGGCUACGGGCGACGCAACGGCCACCCCCGCAGCUGGAGGUGAUGAAAUGGAAAUUGACCUGGAGGAGGAGGUCCAGAAGAAAGAUUUACUCAGUGGCUUCAGCCGAGAAGACGAGAUCGAGAAGCUGAGGACACACGGCUCUAUGACGCAGAAUCCAGCCGAGAUCUCCCGAAUUCGAAAUAUCUCAAAGGUCCAGUUUGGAAAGCACGACUUGUUCCCCUGGUACUUUUCCCCAUAUCCCGAGGUAUUCAACCAGGAAGAUGUUAUUUUCAUCUGCGAGUUUUGCCUCGGGUACUAUGGCGAUGAAAAAUCAUUUGUUAGGCACAGGCAUAAAUGUACUCUGCAGCAUCCUCCUGGAAACGAGAUCUACCGCGACGAGUCUGUCUCUUUCUUCGAGAUCGAUGGCAGACGGCAACGCACCUACUGCCGUAACCUGUGUCUCUUGUCCAAGAUGUUCCUUGACCACAAGACACUAUACUACGACGUCGAUCCCUUCUUGUUCUACGUCAUGACGAGUCGAAGCGACAAGGGCUGCCACAUAAUCGGUUACUUUUCCAAAGAAAAGGAGAGCGCGGACGGAUACAACGUAGCUUGUAUUUUGACUCUGCCUCAGUACCAGCGCAAAGGUUAUGGUCGAUUGCUCAUCCAGUUCUCGUACGAACUAUCAAGGAUUGAAGGCAAGCUUGGUUCGCCAGAAAAGCCGCUUUCGGAUUUGGGUCUGCUGAGUUAUCGGCAGUACUGGGGUGAAAACAUCUUGGACCUCAUUGUGGGUUACAAUGAGCGCGAUGAGAAGACUACGAUUGAAGCCAUCUCAACGGCUCUUGCCAUAAUUCCGCAGGACGUGGAGCACACCUUACAGGCGCUUAAGAUGCAGGUGUAUCAUAAGGGAGAGCACAAGAUCGUGAUUCCAGAGAAGCUGAUCCAGCAGAGGGAGAAGCAGAAGGUGAAGCAGAAGAGAUUGAUUGACCCGAGCAAGAUCCAGUGGAAGCCACCAGUCUUUACGGCUUCUACAAGAACAUGGGGUUGGUAA